CGGCCACUCGGCGCCAGGCUAGGACUGAGCAGGGGGCGAGGGCAGUGUUGCCUGCGAGAGAGGGCGGGCCGGGGUCAGCUGCUGCCGGGACUUGGCGGCCUCAGCGUCUCCUGCCGCGGCCCUCCCUCUGCCACGAUGCCGGGCAUCGACAAGCUGCCCAUCGAGGAGACGCUGGAGGACAGCCCUCAGACAAGAUCUCUACUGGGUGUAUUUGAAGAAGAUGCUACAGCUAUUUCCAACUAUAUGAACCAAUUGUAUCAAGCUAUGCAUCGGAUUUAUGAUGCACAGAAUGAAUUAAGUGCAGCAACACACCUGACUUCAAAACUUUUAAAAGAAUAUGAAAAACAGCGGUUUCCAUUAGGAGGAGAUGAUGAAGUUAUGAGCUCUACUUUGCAGCAGUUUUCAAAAGUUAUCGAUGAGCUUAGUUCUUGUCAUGCAGUACUUUCAACGCAACUUGCUGAUGCCAUGAUGUUUCCCAUAACCCAGUUUAAAGAAAGAGAUCUGAAAGAAAUAUUGACGUUAAAAGAAGUGUUUCAGAUUGCUAGUAAUGAUCAUGAUGCUGCAAUUAAUAGAUACAGCCGGUUAUCAAAAAAAAGAGAAAAUGAUAAGGUAAAAUAUGAAGUAAUAGAAGAUGUCUACACUUCCAGGAAAAAACAACACCAGACCAUGAUGCAUUAUUUUUGUGCAUUAAAUACUCUUCAGUACAAAAAGAAAAUAGCAUUGUUAGAGCCUCUCCUUGGGUACAUGCAAGCUCAGAUCAGUUUCUUUAAGAUGGGUUCUGAAAAUCUCAAUGAACAAUUGGAAGAAUUUUUAACCAAUAUAGGAACAAGUGUGCAGAAUGUUCGCAGGGAAAUGGACAAUGAUGUGGAGACCAUGCAACAGACAAUAGAGGAUCUGGAACUAGCCAGCGACCCCUUAUAUGUGCCUGACCCAGAUCCCACGAAAUUCCCUGUUAAUCGAAACUUAACCCGAAAGGCUGGAUACCUUAAUGCUAGGAAUAAAACAGGCUUGGUGUCAUCUACCUGGGACAGACAGUUUUACUUCACACAGGGUGGAAACUUAAUGAGUCAGGCUCGUGGGGAUGUAGCAGGAGGCCUGGCCAUGGACAUAGACAACUGUUCAGUGAUGGCUGUGGACUGUGAAGACAGGCGAUACUGUUUUCAGAUCACCUCUUUUGAUGGAAAAAAAUCUUCAAUCUUGCAAGCAGACAGUAAAAAAGACCAUGAAGAGUGGAUCUGUACAAUAAACAACAUAUCUAAACAAAUAUAUUUAAAUGAAAAUCCAGAGGAAAUUGCAGCACGAGUGAAUCAGUCAGCCUUGGAAGCUGUUACUCCUUCCCCAUCUUUUCAGCAGAGACAUGAGAGCCUGCGGCCAGCAGGACAAUCUCGGCCACCAGCAGCUCGAACCAGCAGUUCAGGAUCCCUGGGAUCUGAAUCUACAAAUUUGGCUGCUCUCUCUCUAGAUUCUCUCGUUGCCCCAGACACCCCAAUACAGUUUGAUAUAAUUUCUCCUGUGUGUGAAGAUCAGCCUGGCCAGGCAAAAGCCUCUGGACAGGGAGGCAGGCGUACAAAUCCAUUUGGAGAAUCUGGAGGUGGUACAAAAUCUGAAACUGAAGAUUCCAUUCUUCAUCAGUUAUUUAUUGUCCGAUUCCUUGGUUCUAUGGAGGUAAAAUCAGAUGUCAAUCCAGAUGUUGUUUAUGAAACAAUGCGCCAAAUCUUAGCUGCCCGGGCCAUUCAUAACAUCUUCCGUAUGACAGAAUCACAUUUAUUAGUCACGUGUGAUUGUUUAAAGUUAAUUGAUCCACAAACACAAGUUACAAGACUCAUGUUUCCCUUACCUAGUGUAGUUCUGUAUGCUACACACCAGGAAAAUAAGAGGCUUUUUGGCUUUGUUCUUCGGACAUCAGGAGGAAGAAGUGAAAGUAAUCUGUCAUCAGUCUGUUAUAUAUUUGAAUCAAACAAUGAAGGGGAAAAGAUUUGUGAUUCUGUUGGACUGGCAAAACAGAUAGCUCUGCAUGCAGAACUGGAUCGUAGGGCAUCAGAAAAGCAAAAAGAAAUAGAGAGAGUAAAAGAGAAACAACAGAAAGAAAUCAAUAAACAAAAACAAAUUGAGAAGGAUUUAGAAGAACAAAGUAGGUUGAUAGCUGCUUCCAGUAGACCAAACCAAACCAGUAGUGAAGGACAGUUUGUUGUCCUUAGCAGCAGCCAGUCAGAAGAGAGUGAUUUGGGAGAAGAAGGAAAGAAGAGAGAGUCAGAAGCAUAAACUUAUCCUUGCUUUUUGGUUGAUAUUUACCCCCUUGAAAUUUAUUGACAAUUUCUGUGGUGAUAUGGUACAAGGUAACAACUAUGUUGAAAUAUCAAGGAGGAGACUAAGUUUGUAUUUUUAUCAUUUGCUUUUGUUCCAUGUUUAAAAAGAUUGACUCCAAUGACUUGGUUGGCAUUAUUUUCUCCUUAAAAAUAAUAUUCUAUAUAGUAACAUCAAAUUCCUGAAAGAAGCCUCUUCAUUUCACUAAUGUAAACUAAGGGAUUACACUUUCUUUUUUCUUUCAAAUUGUGAAGUUACCUGGCAUUUACAAUGGUUAUGACAAGUAAGAACUCACUUAUUCUUUAGAUUCAGAUAUUCACAGACAUGUUCCCUCUCUUGUAUUAGGAAUAUUUUGCUUGCAGUGAGGACAGUUUUGACAUUUUAAAUAGGUUCAAAACCCUUUAUACAGAGAAUUCUUCAAGAUUGCAAAUAUUUUAACAAUCAAAUGUGUACUAGAACUUUUAUAAAGUAAAUAGAACAGGAAUUUUGAACUAAAGUUUCUAAUUGUGGUAGGUGGUACUAUUGACAUCAGGGGACUUCCUGGGAUUGCUUACAUCUUUGAUGUCAGUGGGAAAGAUGCUUAUGUAUCUUCAGUUCAAGGUUGAUACAGCCCUUGGCAUUUUAUUAUCAUAGUCUUAGUUCUCAGGUUGGGACUUGAAUUAUUGCUGCAGAGCAGCAAUGGUUAAAAAUAAGAUUUUGGAAUUUAUUAAAAGGGAAUUUUUUGUUUAAAUUUUAGAUUAGGACAUAAUAUCUAAAGAUAUUGUUAUAGGAAAGUACACUGUAUUUUCUGCAUUUUAUGGAAAAAUUUUUAUUGACUACCAGUUGACAUUUCAAAAGAAGUUCCAUAAUAAUUAUGUUUCCUGCUUACAUAAAACUUCCCAUAGUUUAGAAAAUGUAAUCGUAUUAAAUUUUAGACUGAUAUGUCACAUAUUUUCAUAAUCUCAUGUUUUGAUAAAAUGCUGAUAUCACUUUAUAAAUCCUCAAAAGCAAACUAAUAUAUGAGAAUAGAAUAAUUUGCACUAGUCAUUGUAAAUACUGUACUCUACACAUGAGCAAAAGGUCUAAUUCUGUGAAAGACUGAAAAGAUAGUGGUGCUUGAUACCAAGAGUUGACAAGAAGGAUUUUAACCUGGUGCCAAGGUUAAAAUGGUAUUUCUUUACUGCCUACUUCUAUAUCAAACUUAAAUCCCCCCCCCUCAAAUUUUAAACAUUGCUGGUAGAAAUUAUGUUCCUGUGUUUCACAUGUAAAAGUAUAUAUAGACAAGUUAGAUAUAUUGAGUAUUUUAUGUAGUCAUACAUUUAAACUAAGAGAUAAGCCACUAAGACUAUUUCUACAGACCUUUUUUUCUUUAACAUGUAGGUUUUCCCUUAGUUUUGAAUUAGAAAUGACAUCUGUUUUUGUUCUCACAAUAGGGUGUAGAUGUUUUCUUCUGUUUAUAUUGUUUUCUGUAGGAAUAGGAUAGAUAAUUAUAUAUAGGAUCAUGAUAUUCUUUUUAUCUAUGUGCCAAAUGAGAAGAACGGCUAUCUGAUAACAUUAUUUUUGAAGCCUUAUGGUAACAAAACAUAUAGUUAAAAAGUAGAAAUUUACAAAAUACUUUCUGAAAAAAAUUGUUUCAUUUUUACUAAAGGAAAUGCUUUCACAAUAGUUUGUGUAUGAUUCCUUUUGUAGAAAUUGAUAUUUCUCUUGUUGUCAGUACUUGACUAGUCAUAGCAAAUUAUGCCCUUAAGAUCUUUCUGAUAGUUGUAAAUGUUCUACUUUAUUAAAUCCUUUGUUCAUACAAUAAAUCGUCACCUCAGUUCAAGUGAAAAUUGUCAUCUUAUAAGGAAGAUAGUGUUAGAAGAGUUUUAUUAGCCAGGUGCUUUGUUUGGUGAAGUACUGACCUUUGUUAAUGCUCUGGCGCAAAGGGUAAGCUAGUGUUAAAGUUAAUUGUAGACUUUGGGAUGCUGGACAAACUUGUGGUUCCUUUUCAGUCAUAUUUUGAUAGAAAUUUCCAGGUAACAUGCUCAUGUAUCUAUAGGUCAGACCAAAGCACAUUGCAACACCAAAUUUAAGUUGUGUUUGGGAUUAAUAAUUUUAGAUUCCAUUACUAUAGAAUUACAUUAACUAUUCCAUUAUUGCAAAUAUCAACAUAAACUUUUUGUUUAAAUAAGCUGUUAAUAAUUUUCUGCAUAAUGUUAAAUCCUUUUGAAAUCCCUUCUAGCUUUUAGGAUGUUUAGGUGGUGGUGACUGAAUUAAUUUGGGAAGGUUCUCAGAUUCACAGUCAUACCUAAUAGUUUUUAGAAUUUAACAAAACUACUUUUUUAAAAAGAACAAGUUAAGUCUUACUUAAUUCUGCUAUGCAGUCUGCUACCUAUAUGAGCGGUCCUUUCAUAACCGUAGCCAUGGAGUUAAUGGGUAAGAAGCUAAUUAUUCUUUUCUUCAUUUACAUUUUUGGAAACUUGCUAAUAAGAGAUGGUAACUGUUACUUCAGAGUUCCUCAAACCAGUCUAAGUUUUUGUCCUAUCUACAAUUAUAACUUUGUGUUUUACUUAAAAAAAAAAAUUAAGGCUCCAUAAUUUAAUGGUGACAAGUGAAUAUUACCUUUAUGUUUGAGAAAGGGAUACUGUGGUAUGCAUAGCAUUUUGGGUAACAGUCUUGCAUAGUGUAGGCAUCUGAGUUAAUUUUGAGUUACAUAAAAAUUUCAUAUAAGUAAUAUCUUAAUCUUGCUAUAAAUUCUGGCAGAUCCUAAGAAAAUACUGCAAAACCUAUGGCACCUGAAUUAAUAAAACAAGUAUUUGUCAUUGACUUUGACAAUUCCCUUUGUAUUUAGACUGUACAUUAAACAUUCAAACAUACUGAUUUUAGCAACAUUUUCAUUUUUCUUUUAAUAAGCUUGGCUUACCCCUUUUUCAUGAGAUUUUGCUUUUGGACAUUAAUAACACAUAAUUAAUGUGUAAUUCAAAUACAUACAUUUGAGACUAUACUAUAGAUCUUAACCAAAUCUUGUAGUUGUACUCAUAGGUAAUUUACAUCAGUUAAAAUGAGAACUGGGGAUUAAGUUAUAACUAAUGUGCAAAACUGCUUUGUAUAUUUGGUGAUUUUGUAAUGUAAGUGAAUCAACUUAUUCUUACUUCACUGAUCUGCUAAUCAUGCAGUAUGUAGUUAAUGUAACAUUUCCCUUUAGAAUUGGUUUUGAGACUCAAUGUUACGUUUUGGAUUUGAAAUUCAACUUUAUGUGAUGGGGAUAUAUACAUGUGGGGUGGAGAACUUAUUUUUUCAUUUUGUCAAAAUAGGUUAUUUACUGACAAGGGUGCAGGAAUAAUGUUAGCUUUUUAAUGUAUAAUAAAAAUCUAUGAUUUUUGUACAGUC